UCAAUACAACGACAAACUACACUUUUGGUACGCCUGGAAUUAACAAAACAGAAGAUACAAGCAUUCGACCUCGCCAAAAUGACUUACUCCAUCUGGCUCAUCAUGACCAAGGGAAAUCCCUUCGACAAGACCGCUCAAGAACUCAUCUCCGAUACACUGCCCAACCUCUUGCUCUCUUCAGACCAAAUCCAAGACUUCCAACCACACGUCACCAUCACGCCAGGUUUUGAACUCCCAGAAGGCAAAAGCGCGCAAGAAUUGCUCGACAGCUUAGACUUCUCCGAGUACAAAUCCCAACACAACGAAGUCGUCCUCGAACUUGACGAACUUCAAGCUGAAGAUCCUUUCUUCCGGAAACUCAACAUCGCCGUCAAGGAUAAAUCUAAUCUCGCCAAAUUUGCUUCUCAAUGUCGGGAUGCAGUGGGAAAAUCUGAGCCUGAAGGUGGUUAUCGACCGCAUAUGAGUUUGAUGUAUGCGGAUUUGCCGACCAAGGAUGUGAAGAAUAAGCUGGCGCUCAUUCAGAUGAAGUUGGGGUUCGCUAUUGGUGAUAUUUUUGCUUGCUGUGGUGGAGCUUUGUGUAUUGGUGGCAGCAUGGUAGUGGUUGACACUAGUGGGCCGGUGAAGGGCUGGAAGGAUUCAAUUGUGGCGGAAAGGAAGACAGAUUUUGUGCAGUGGAGGAUGUCGAGAGAUUUGGUGUGAGGGGAUUUGAGGCAUCUUGUCUUGUGAAUUUUGUUGCGAUGCUUGUCGCAUACGAUCGUGUCUUUGGUUACAUAUGACGGCCGUUGAAUGAGUUCAUGAGGAUGCGUGCGAAAGGACAGGAUGUGC